UCUCUCAGACGAGCUCAUCACUGCAGACACAGUGGACGGGGCCAUCCAGCAGGUCGUGAGCUCUGGAGGUCAGCAGGUCAUCACCAUAGUAACAGACGGCAUUCAGCUGGGCAACCUGCAGACGGGCACGGGCAUCAGUCAGCCCAUAAUAGUCACCAUGCCUGAUGGGCAGCAGGUGCUGACAGUGUCGGACACAGAGGUCGCAGAGGAAACGGUGAUCAGCGACGAACCUUCAUUCAAACGGCAGCGAGUGAAAGAAGAAGACGAGGAUCAGACGAUAGAAACACAGGACAUUCAGAUCCAGCAAACGGUCUCGCUGGAGGACUUCCAGGAGAAAGUGUCUCUUCUAAAGCAGCUGGAGGAGGCGAACCGUGAGGCACAGAAAUACCGACAGCAGCUCCUGAAGAAGGAGCAGGAGGCCGAAGCGUACCGGCUGAAGCUGGAGGCCAUCACACGGCAGAGCGGGAAGAAACACGCCUAACACACAC